UGAUUACCUGCAGCACAGCGCGCGCAACAUCAGCAAUCUGUCAUGCAUAACUAAAGGCCAUUAGGCUAGUAGCACAAUUCACAUUUUCUGUAAAUUCCAGCGUAUUUGUUUCGUCUCUUAACAGGUUAUUUUACAGACUAUACAAAUGGACGGAAGAGGUUGUCGUCUUAGCAGCGGUGGUGGAGGCGACAGCCAACGUAGUGGGAUGAUCAGACUGGAAGACCUGGAAUCUUUUACGGAAGAGGAACUCCCGGCCGGCGAUGGCGUUUUAGAGGAGGAAGCCAUGGAAGAGGAAGAGCAGGAUAGACUACUAAAUUAUUGGCAAGAUAUUGGAAGAGUACAUCAAGUGAGCGUUCCCCAAGACAUGGCAGAACCGAUCCAGCAGUUGACCACUAAUACAGAGAGGGGACAGGACCGUGAGAAUGUCCCCUUCACCCUCAUCACUAGCAAGGAGAAGUGUGGGGGCGUGCUGUACGAGAAACGUCACUACGAGAAGGCCAAAUGGGCGUGUGUCACGGUCCACCAGGAUACAUACGAGCAGAGCAUCUGCCUUGGGUUCAUGAAACUCAUGAGAUACAUAUGCCAGCAGAACUCCUCAGGACACUACCUGGGGAUGUCCAUUCCCAUAGUAACUGUGGUACGCAUGGACGAGUCUCGCUCUGUCCUCUCCAGAGAUGUGACAGUGGCCUACUACCUGCCAUCGCAACACCAAGCCCAGCCACCCCUUCCGCUGGACCCUGACAUCGCCACGCAAGAGUGGCCCGCAGCCUUCGUCUACAGCAGGUCGUUCAGUGGGGUUACCAAUGAGCACUCCAUCGUGAAUGAGCUGAACAUGCUGGCUGAGGUUCUUGGGUUGCCCGAGGCCCGACUGUGCAACCCCUUCAUUGUGGCAGGCUACACCAGCCCUGCCGCAGCCAACCGAAACAACGAAAUCUGGUUCCUGGAGCGCGAGUGAAUUACCCACCCCACCUCCUGGGUAAAAUCCUGCCUCUCCUGCCCCAUCCUGACUGGGACUUGCUGAUUCCACCUCACCCCCUCCUUCAAAUGGUUCAUGUAUAUGGGAGAUGGGAGAGGAAAAGGGAGAUACUGUGGCUUUUACUUUUUUAACUGGUCUGCUGUGACUCUUAGUUUUCCUUUAAUUACUGUUAUUUUAGUUUUUAUUCUUGGCCUGUACUACACAAGGCUAUGUUGAGGAACGUUCACUGCAACCAAUACCACUUUAGAGUGCAACACUUAUGCCUGUUGUAAUAUUUCAUCUAUGUGUAAUUAAUUAGCCUUAAUUUAACUUGGAAAAUCUAAUUGAGAGUAAAACCUCUUUUGUAAGUGAGACACGAUCACUUACAUUAGAGACACUUAAUCCUGUUCCUGGAGAUCUACCGUCCUGUAGGUCUUCACUCCAACCCGAGCAAAGCACACCUCAUUCAGUUGUUAACAGGGAAACUAUUUUCACAUUGGCUAUGGCAUAGAAAUACAGCAAGCUAGUUAGAUUUUCUUUUAAUGCACGUGCCCAUGUGAAUACAUUAACGUGCUCAAGGACACAUCACUUAGUUCAAAUAACACAACUUUUUCUGGAUCUUCGUUUUCUUUUAUAAAGUAAUAAAGCCUCAAAAAUACACCAGAUAUUAAAAAAACCGUACAUUAAAACUCUCUUUUAUCGACCUAUUAUACUCCAUAGUUUGUGUUUUAAAGCGAUUAAUUUCGGCGCGGUCGCAAAAAGAAUGGGAAUGAAUGGGAACCGGAAAACCGGGAGGAACGGCACAGCCAUUAAUUCACUGACCUUUAUGAAGUGUGGAUCAGCUCGCAAGAUGGAGACCAGCAAGAUCUGCUGGGUUUCAUUGUCAUUCAUUACUUAAUUUUAAUCUUAAAGAAGUUGAUGAGACAGUCGCCUCGUUUCUUGGGUCUAAGUCAGUGCACUCCACAGAGAUACACGCAUACACUGAGAAUAUCAACUUGUGUUCGGGAGACAAACCUGAUCCAUAUUCAUGUCGCCUCACUUUAAUAGCUCAAAAACAGUGAGUCUGACAAUUAUGUGUAGCAUAUACUCCUUUUGGCUCUUUCCCAGCGGAUUUACAGGAGAAAAACACAUAUUUAUGUACAGCAAACAGUUGCCAGUUGGGUAGCUUUAGUACAAUAUUAAUGUGCAUACAAAGAAAAAUAAAUUGAGGCAAUUUGGAGAUAAGCCACGUAUUUCCUGGAGAAGCUGAUUUCAUAUUAAAUAAGCUUUUUUCAAAACACUAUUCCAAACAAUACCUAUAUGUUGUGUCCAUGUUUAUAAGUGCAUACUUCUGUCUUACACUACAGUGAAGAAUAAACGGGACUGUUGAAAAUGAGUGCAUAUGUGCAUGAUAAUGUAUGAUUUCAAAGUAUGUAUAUUCAUAUUUGCAAUGUUGUAUUUGUUAAAUACUAUACAUGUAUGUAAAAAAAAACAGCUUUUCUUUAAUGUUAGUAAAUUGCAGUGUUUAUAGCACAUGCUUUUGUUCCAAGGUGUGAAUGUACUUUUAGGAUGCAACAGGCUUUUACCUUCUCCAUUUUUCACAGCUGGAAAUUAAGUGGAAUAGUUGAGCAGUUGACAGUGAUGGGGAUUUAAAUGGGUUAAUUAAAAUGUGUUUGAAAACAUAAUCUAAAUGCAUUUUAGUCUUGAGCUAAGAAUAUGAUUCUGCUCGGACAAAUGUUCUAAGAUUGAGGGAUUGCAUGGCUGAAAAGACCAUACUACAUACCCUUUCUCAGAAUAUCAGUAUUGCAUACAAAAUGUAUUACAAUUAUUGUUGUUGUUGUUAAGUAUGCUAUUUAAUAUCAUUUAACAUGCCUGAUCGGGUCUUUAACUCCUACAAUUUAAUGGAUGCACAACAGCCACAAAAUGUCAAACACUGAAGUUCGGGAGAUAGCCCGUCUGCUGGUUUCCUUGUGUGCAAUACAGUGAGCUCCAUAAUGUUUGGGACAAAGCCAUAUCUUUCUUGAUUGACUCUGUACUCCAUAAUUUUAGAUUUGUAAUCAAACAAUUCAUGUGGUUAAAUUGCAGAUUCUCAGGUUUUAUUAAAGGGGAAUUUAAUACAUUUUCACCACAUAGAAAUAACAAAACUUUUUAUACAUCCCCCCCACCCCUUUCCAGGGCGCCAUAAUGUUUGGCACAAAUGGCUGCACGGGUGUUUUAAUUAGUCAAGUGUGUUCAACAUCAUUAAGAGCACUGGUGAGGUCAGUGAUCGCAAAGGGCCUGGUAGGACUAGGCAGAUUUCUCCAGUUGAUGACCAGAGAAUUCUCACCAUAAUGAAUAAACAAUCCCCAAUCACCUGUCUUGAUCAUUCUGCUGCUAUCAGCAGUUAUAUCAUCAAUGAAGACAGUGAGCCAGUACCUGUGGCAGCCAUACAUGCCCAAAUCACCCCUACCACUAUGUUUCACAGAUGAGUGGGGGAUGCUUUGGAUCUUGGGCAGUUCCUUUCGGUAUCCGCACUUUGCUCUUGGCAUCACUCAGAUACAAGUAAAUCUUGGUCUCGUCUGUCCCCAAGACCUUUUCCCAGAACUUUGCAGGUUGUUAGGUACUUAGCAAACUGUAACCUGGCCAUCCUGUUUUUGCAGCUAAGUAGUGUUUUGCAUCUUGCAGCAUAGCCUCUGGAGUACUGUCUGUGAAGUCUUCUGCAGACAGUAAUCACUGACACAUCCACACCUGCCUCCUUAAGAGUGUUUCUUAACCAUCAGAUCACCUUUCUUUAUUAUGGUGAGAAUUCCUUAGUCAGAGACUGUGGAGUUAUUCCUUAGCCUACCUGGCCCUUUGUGAUUGCUGAGUUUACCUGUGCUUUCUUUCUUCUUAAUGAUGCUCCGAACGGUCUAUUGGCCUAUUCUGACUGUUUCUUUUUCUUCAUAUUUGUCAGCAAUAGCUACCUUGACUUUCAUUGGCACAACUUUGGUUCUUAUGCUGACAAUUGCCAAUAACACUAUCCAAAAGCAAACAAAAGCCUAGAAUCAAGAGUCGAUACUGAAAGCACAAAAGAAGGAUUUAAACACACCUGACUGAUCAGAAACACCUGUGAAGCCAUUUGUCUUAAACAUUAUGGCACCCUGAAAAUGGGGUGGCUAUGUGUAAAAAGUGCUGUUAUUUCUACAUGCUGAAACCAAAAUGUAUUAAAAUAUAUUUUAAUAAAAGCUGAGAGUGCACUUUAACUAUAUUUUCAUUGUUUGAUUGCAAAUAUGAAAUUGUGGAGUACAGAGCCAAAUCAAGGAAACGUCUUUAUCCCAAACAUUAUAGAGCUCACUGUAUAUAUAUUUUCUUCAUUUGUGUUUUACAAGUACAAUGUCUUUAAAAAUAAACAGAGAAGGUACGGUA